UUUAAAUACUCAUUGUUUCGUAAGUUUUUCUUAAUUGACAGUUUGGGCUAAAUAGGUUUCAGUUAGGUUUUUAAUCAUCACAGAGUAGAUGCUUUUGUCGAUUAUCAGAAAAUAGCAUUAAAUCUGGCCUGUUCUUCAUUCUAAAUAUUUGAUAGUGUACCAAUGUUGCCAAAGCCCACCAACAAUGAAUCAAUGAUGCAGUACUUUAUAUAAAAUAGUAGCAAUAAUUGUCUCAUGAUAACAGUUAAAAUUCAACAUACAUUGUGCAUUUUGAAUUUUAUUUAACAAUUCAAUUUUUUGUCACCUUUUUGGCUUGUGGUUAAAAGGUAUAUAAGUUAAAUGGUUAAAGAGCCUUUUGUAACCUUUUGAAAAUUGUUUGGCUAGACAGGUUCUUAUAUUUUGGAGUAUAAAAAAAGAAAAUUUCAGCCAAAAGGUUCUUAAAUCCCUAGGUUCUUACAUGCGGUUAUUACUGUAUUUCUUCUUUUUGCAGUUAUGCAAAUAUUCUCCUACUAUUUUUGUCGAAGAUGAUGAUUGUUUUUGCUCUCAUAUAACAUCGUCUACCAGAGGCCACGUUUCAUUGAAGUACACAUAUCUCCCUACGUUUUAGCAGCCAGCACAUUUUUGUUAUCUCAGUUUUGAAGUUUUCCUUGCAUAGCAUAUAGAGCUCGUUUUAUUCACUGAUCUAAUUUGGUUUCCAUAUUCAGCCGACUGGCUUUUUCUGCUUGUUGCUUGUCCCCCUGACUGUGUAUUCAUAUUCUGACCAGCUUACAUAUGAUCGUGUUCCACCUGCUUUGAUCUGCAUAACUUAGGGCAUCUGGAUUUGCAAACGUCAGAGAUCUAAAGAGUUUCGUUUCGUGUGGUGGAAUAAAAGCGACAACACAGCACAGUUCGAUCUCAUAGUUCGACCAUCGCGACGAAGCUAUGUUCACAAUGUGCACGAAUGACGUUUCGUAGUUUCAUUGAACAAUGAGACUGUGAAGAGAAACAAUUCUCACUGCCCUUGUCUGCACCGUGGAAACAUUAGGAUGUAACUGCUGACAACACAAAGAAAGCUGGUUGGUUGUUGGUUCUUAAUGUCAUAUGACUAUGCUACGAAAGACCGAGUCAAGAGCUUUUAGAAAAGUAAUGUUUUCAUACAGUGUUUUUGAGAUGUUGUUUUGCUCAGGCCCAAUUUUUGGAUGGGCUUCUCUUGCUUAUGUUUUGAAAAAAGAAGACUACUUUUCAGAGCUCUGCUUGCAUCCAAGAGGAGAGAACUCUUCAGCCAUUAACAGCCAAGACCUGUGUUCAACUCAAGAAAAUAGUCUGAACAUUGCGUACAUGGUUGGGUUUAUAACUGUUGGUUUGGUGUCAUUUCCUGUUGGUUACCUGCUAGAUAUUUGUGGUCCAAAGAAGGCCAGAUACAUAAGCAGUGCCCUCUUUGGAAUGUCAUCUGCCAUUUGGAUCAAUUUUUCACCAGGUAGGUUAGAUGGCCAAAAUAUGUCAAAAAGGUUCGCAAACAUAGUUUAUGUAGAUAAGCAAUUAGAAUUGAUUUCUCGGCGAAAGGAUGAUGAUCUUAGGUUUUUAGUUGCUUUUCCUGAUAAUGGUUCCAGUCUGUUUGCUUUUCAGUUUGAAAUUUGGAUUUUUUUGUGGAAUAGUGGAUCCUAUAUUGGCAAUGGUUACGGUGAACCAGAGAGCCAGUAUUUGAUCUAUCCGGCUGUUCUAACUAUGUCAUCUGCUGGCGUAUUUUGCAGCUUCGCAUUCUUUCAGGUGUCUGCGUUUCUAUGUCAUAAUAACCAAUCGACGAUUCUCGGACUGCAAAAUGGAGCAUACAAUGCAAGUGCUGUUGUGUUACACGUCAUCAAGGUUCUUUACGAAAUUCAGAAGCUGUUUAAAAUUGAAGUGUUGCUGUCGUUGUACUGUGGGUUCUCGGCGAUUCUCGUGCUGAUUGCAACAGCUAUUUUUGUGCCGUCAAAAGAACAAUUGAUGGCACAUGCAGCAAAAAGGAAACUGUUAAAGGAUUCCCUUUAUGGAGAAAAUGUCGAAGUUAGCACAAAAAUCUGCGUUAGUCUUGUUGACGAGAAAAUAGAAAAGGAGGAAGAAGAAAAAUUUAAUCAAGACGAAAAAGAUGACUCAACUUGGGCAGUGUCUCCAGCAAAGAAAAUCUGGUCAAACAGGGGAUCGGUGCAAAGCUUAGAAAAAGUCUGUGACAUGGAUAACAUGAAAUUAACAACGUUUAACGUCAUCCUUCAAGGCUCUAAGCUGAGCAUUGACAGCUUUUUAGAUGGACCACCAAAGCAAGAAGAAAUCCAAACAGGUAAUUCCCAAGUGGACAAGUCCUCGCUUGCUAAGCUGCUAAUAUCUGGUAUAUUCUUGUGGCAUGUGUUUUUUGCUUCAAUAUUCCAUCUACGCUUGUAUUUCUUUGUCACUACAUUUGAGAGUCUGCUGAAAAGCAUUCCAGGAGUUAACGAGAAAACAGUGAACAAUUAUAUAAACAUAUUUGGAAUUGGACAGUUUGUUGGGGUGAUAUUUGCACCCGUUCUUGGUCCAUAUAUUGACAGAAUUCCAAAACUAUCAAAAAAUUCCUCAUACGAAGAUUACCGAAUAUGGAAAAUUAAACGAUGCGCAGUAGCUCUGAGAAUUACCUGCACAAUCAACAUAAUAAUGGGGAUUUCUGUGCUGGUCCCGAUACUAGAGGCUCAGAUUCUGGCGAUUUUGGCUCAAAUUCUUCUUCGUGGCUUCUUUUAUGCGGUGCAUUUUACGUAUUUCGCUGUUAUGUUUCCUCCGGAGCACUAUGGAAAAGUCACUUGUCUCUCUCUUUUGAUGGGCGUGGUUUUUGGUUCGCUCCAGUACCCACUCUGCCUCGUCACCGAAAAGAAAUUGGAUAGCAAUCCAUUCUGGGUUAAUGUUGCUUUGUUGGUCGCAAGUUUGCUAGUUUACGGUCAGACGAUCCAUUUAUCUAAAUACGUGAAGAGAAAAGAAAAAUCUUCUAACUGUGAAUGCGUCAAUACAGAGUCAAACAUGGACAAGAAAGGCUGCCAGCUUCUUUCACUCCAUAUUUAACAAUAGUAUAUUACUACACGAGACACAUGACAAAAUCUGUCUUUGCUACAGUGCAAAGUAGCUAGAAAUGCUUAUCUUAGUCCAAUCUUUAAAAAAAAGCUUUUACCAUCUUUCUUGAUUGGGAAUCAUAUUUAUAAGUAUGUAAUAAGACAAACAAGGAAUGUUAACACCUAGACCGUACGUUGAAAAAUGGGACGGUGGCAAAAUUUUCAAGUCAAAAGUAAAUGUUUUUUGAUACAGAUUAUCAACAAUUUAAACAUUAUGUAUUUACCUGAACCAAUGCAUUCCACAAGAUGUAAAUACAAAGUCAGUGCUUUCUAGCCUAUUGCAGAACUUUUCCUAUGCUUCUAUUAACUAAGUUUUAGGCUAUAACGAAUCGAUAAUUCCCUGGCAGCAUAAAAUCCAAAUACUGUUCUUAUUUUCUUAAGGGCCUAAUCACCUAAAUAAUCACUUAGUAUGACGUCAGCGUCGAGUGAAUUUUCAUCCACUGAAGUUAACUUCAGAUGCCGUUUGUGUACUGUAAAAUGGUUCAUGUUUACAUGCUAUUAGAAAUAGUUGCCGGUUUUUAAGUAAUGUUUGUUAUGAUGUAUAGAAAAUGAUUAUUGUUAUAUUAUUUCCGUGAUGGAA